GAUGUCUCCUCGACCUCUGACGUAGCCAAUCAGCGCGACGCAAAGCCGGCGUGCGUCAACGUCAGAGGCGAGGGUGGAGUCAACUUGGAAUUUUGGCGCGUCUGGUAGUAGAAAGAGAAGGGGUGUUGAGCCGGCUGAGAUUCUGCAUUACUGCUGUCUUCUGGGCUCCUGAUCCUCCUUCAAAGUUCUUUCUCACCACUGUUCCUAGACAGCAUGGACGUGGAGGAGGAUGAAUUAUCUCUGCUGACCGCACUGCUGGAGAAUGAGUCAGCCUUGGAUUGUAACCCAGAAGAGAGCCAGCUCUCAACCCAGGAUGACGGUAAACCUGACACAUUUGAUGAGCUCUUCGAUGCGGACGGUGAUGGUGAAUCUUACACAGAGGAGGCUGAUGAUGGAGAAGUGGAAAAGACUGAAGACCAAAAGGAAAAUCUGGUCACUCUCUUUGGAGAUAUGGGGGACUUAACAGAUGAGGAAGAAAUUCCUGCAUUGCAGUCAAGUAAAAACAGAGCCCUCCCUGCUCCUGCUUCUGCUUCUGCUCCCAGUCAAGGGAAAACUAAUCAAGAGUUGCAAGAUGAAUUAAAGAAAUUGCAAGAGCAAAUGAAGUCCUUACAAGAACAGCUAGAAAUGGCGACAAUUAAACAGCGUGCAAGCCCAGCCCAUCCACAUAAACCUGUAGAUAAGUCUCCACGUCCCCCUCUUAAGGAGAAAAAAGUUCAGAGAAUUCAGGAAUCAACGUGCUUUUCUGCAGAGCUUGAUGUCUGUUCUACCAAAACCAAGCGAGUGGCUCGGACGCCAAAGGUUUCACCUGCAGCACCCAAAAGCUCGCCUUCAAGGAUGACGAGUGCCCCAUCACAACCACUUCGAAUGAUUCCUGGGAACAAGCCUAACGGGGUGACUAGAGAUCCGGGUCCAGGGGCCCCCAGGAGUUCUGGGAAAACGGCUCAGCCAGUCUCCGUGGAAGCUUUCUCUGGCCUGAGGCUCAGGUGGCCUCGAGUAUCCUCCACAGAAAUGAACAAGAAAAUGGCUGGCCGAAAACUGAUCAGACUAUCUCAGCUCAAGGAAAAGAUGGCGCAUGAGAAGCUGGAAGAAAUAGACUGGGUGACAUUUGGGGUUAUACUGAAGAAAGUCACUCCACAAAGCAGUAACAGUGGAAAGACAUUCAGCAUCUGGCGACUGAAUGAUCUUCGUGACCUGACGCGGACCGUGUCAUUGUUCUUGUUUGGAGAGGUUCACAAGGAACUCUGGAAGACUGAGCAGGGUACCGUCAUAGGACUCCUCAAUGCUAACCCCAUGAAGCCCAGGGAUGGUUCAGAGGAGGUAUGCUUAUCUAUUGAUCAUCCUCAAAAGAUCUUAAUUAUGGGUGAAGCUGUUGACCUGGGAACCUGUAAAGCAAAGAAGAAGAAUGGAGAACCAUGUACACAGAUUGUUAAUUUGAACGACUGCGAGUACUGUCAGUAUCACAUCCAGACCCAGUACAAGAAGCUCAGUGCCAAGCGAGCUGACUUGCAGUCCACCUUCUCCGGAGGACGAAUUCCAAAGAAGUUUGCCCGCAAAGGUGCCAGCUUGAGAGAACGGCUCUGUCAGGAUAGUUUUUACUAUGGAGGGGUUUCUUCAGCAUCAUGUGCAGCCUCACUUGCAGCAGCUGUAGCUCCUAAAAAGAAGAUUCAAACCACUCUGACUAAUUUGGUCGUGAAGGGCACAGACUUGAUCAUUCAGGAAACUCAACAGAAACUUGGAAUACCCCAAAAGAACUUGUCUUGCUCUGAGGAAUUCAGGGAAUUGCUGGACUUGCCUACCUUUGGAGCCAGAAAUUUGAAACAACAUUUAGCCAAAGCCAAUUCACCAGGGAUCUUGGGGAGCCCGAAACCUGCUUUCCAGUCUAUCUCGGCAUCAGCCCUCUUGAAGCAACAGAAGCAGCAGAUGUUGGAGAUAAGGAAAAAGAAAACAGAAGAAAUAGAGACACGAUUUCUGCAAAGUUCAAGUGAGGUGAGCCCAGCUAUGCCAUCGUCUUCUCGACAGUUGCUGUCUCGUUCUCCACCAAUGAGGGCUGGGUUCCCCAGGCUGAAAGGAACCCCAGCCACACAGACGCCCAAGCUGGGGCGAGGCAUCUCAGAGGGAGAUGAUGUUCUUGUUUUUGAUGAGUCACCACCUCCAAAACCAAAACUAAGUGCUUUAGCAGAAGCCAAAAAGUUAGCUGCUAUAACCAAAUUAAGAGCAAAAGGCCAGAUUCUUACAAAAACAGACCCAAACAGCGUUAAAAAGAAGCAAAGCAACCCCCAGGAUGUCCUGGAACUGAAGGAACGUGUAGAAAAGAGUGCCACAUUUUCUCCUCAAGCUGAAGAUGAAUUGGAGCCUGCCAGGAAAAAAAGGAGAGAACAGCUUGCUUACCUGGAAUCUGGGGAAUUUCAGAAAAUUCUAAAAGCAAAAUCAAAGCACACAGGGAUCCUAAAAGAGGUCGAGGCUGAGCUGCAGGAACUCUACUUUGAUCCACUGGUAAAAAAAGAACAAAUGGAAGAAAAGAUGAGAAACAUCAAAGAAGUGAAAUGUCGAGUGGUGACAUGCAGGACGUGUGCCUACACCCACUUCAAGCCUUUGGAGACCUGUGUCCAUGAGCAACAUAACUACCACUGGCAUGACGGCAUGAAGAGGUUUUUCAAGUGUCCCUGUGGAAACAGAUGUAUCUCCCUCGCCAGGCUUCCCACAAAGCACUGCAGUAACUGUGGCCUCUUCAAAUGGGAGCGGGAUGGAAUGCUAAAGGAAAAGACAGGUCCAAAGAUAGGAGGAGAAACCCUGUUACCAAGAGGAGAAGAACAUGCCAAAUUUCUGAAUAGCCUUAAAUAGCCCUGCCUUCAAACAGGUACUCACAACCUACAUUGCUUCCUGUGGUUCUGGGAAAGCAAGGCAUUGGCUCUGUGUUGCCCUGCUCCUGAUUGACACAGUCAAAACAAAUACUUGUUCAGCCUGCAGGCAUUGCCUGCUUACCUUCCUCCAUUGUGUUGGUUUGACACCAAAUUUAACAUUGAUCUUUAAGUGGAAAAUCAAGAUGUUAUUGUCUUCUGUGUUCUUAGCAUUGAUGGCUGCAUUCAUACAGUUUUUUUUGCCCAAAAACUGGAAGGUAAAUCAAGAGCUGGUUUCGGUAUCUCUUGGAUGAUAGUAUGUGCAGUGUCGCUUCUUUAUCACAGUAAGGUUCUACCUAGUGUUUAUAUGGACACAGAGGCAAAAGAAUUAAUUUAGUUUACCCCAGGUAAGUUGCUUAACUUCUGGGCUUCAGUUGCCUUAAAAUGAGGAAGGUUGGACUAAAUGAUCUUGAAAUGUGUCUUUCAGCAUUCAGAUUCUAUAAAUAUGUAUAACUUUUUUUCAUCUAGAUAAUAAUGGUCAUUGCCUUUGAUUUGGUCUUGAUGUACUGAUCCUACAACCCAGGUUCCUUCUUUCUGUUCUAUUUUCUGGGUUUUGUUCUUUAAGAUUUAUCAAGUCAUUGAAUCACGUGGCAUUUCAAUUCAUAUCUCUGUGUGGUUGUCUGUCCCCUUACAGUGUUGUGGAGUUCUGUAAUGGAAAUAACCUAAAAUGAUAUCAUUUUUAAAUAGGGCGCAUUUUUUAAAUGGCCCAAAGAAAUUUUGAAACUUCUAAUCAAGAUGAAUGCAACAUUUGAGAAGUCGUGAAGCAUGGCUGAAAAACAGAAACAUCCCGUUAAAGACAGAAUCCACAGAGUUUGGAAUUUACACAGAGACUUUAUUAUACACAUCAAGAAUUAUAGGUCAAUCCCUACGCAAAUUAUCACCAAAAAGUCCACUUAGGAGAUUUUUCUGCCUGGGCUACCUGAUUUUCCAAAUACCAUUUGACCCAAGUGAAUCCCGGUAGACCCUAAAGAUUGGGUAAAUUGGUAGGAUUAUUACACUAAGAUUUAAGCUCUUGCUAGAAAUAGAUUAGAUUUUCCCAAGAUGGUGAUGUGGUAGGAAUAUAACAAGUUGAUUUAGGUAUAUAAGAGCUGGGAAUACAAUUCACGUGCCUUAGAUUUCACCAGACUCUGCUGUGUAUGGGUAGAAGGUGCUGUGUCUGACCUUUGUGUUCCCUCUAAUGUCAUAUCCUGAUUAUAUUUUUAGGAGUAUUAUACCUUCCACGAGGUGUUGGGUUUUUAAAUUUUAUUUUUAGCUAACAAAGAAUAAAGUGUUUCAUUCUCAAUACUGGCCAAAAGCACUAGAAACUGUGAUAUUUUUAAUGGGUCAUUUAGAGUAGAUUAUCUGUUCCAUAAACUUCAAACAGAGCUAUGUGUUUGAAGUGGGUCACAACUGAGCAGCUGCUUAGAACUUGACCUCCAGGUUGCUCUUUGAGUAAUUCCCUUCACAUGUGAGAACAUGUUCUUAUCUGAACCAAGCGUGUCGUCCGAGUCCAUAUUCACUUGUAUAUUGUGUAUAAGUAGUGUGGUAUUCUUGUAGAGGUUGAUGGUGAGCUGAAUCUGGAUGUCUUUCUUUUUUAAAUUUUAUUUUACAUUUUGAAAUAAUUUAAAAAUAUAAUGGAAUGACUGCUCAGUUACUCUCGAUCUUGGGGAGUUUUCCUUUGAGGUGAUUUGUGUGUGUGGAGGGGGUGCUUUCUUAGAAUAUUCAGGAGAGAGAAGGGGCCAGAGAGGUGACUUAUUUACAUUGAAAAUAGGAUUCAUCAGUGAGAUCAGUCUCUUAAUCCUACCCUCUUUAUUUGUGUGUAAAUGCUUUCCUAUAAAAGGAAAAUGUGUGUUAUUAUUCUUUCCCUGUCAUCGGCAUUGUAGGGCUGAUUGUGUUAAUCACAGGCCAUCAAAACAGGGUAAGUACACAACAAAAACUGUCCUCCGUGAGCAUGUUCUGUUCUGAGCAUCACAAAAGAUUUUUUUUUUUUUGCUGCCUUUUUCUGUUUAGAGGAAAUAAGUGGCUUUCUAAAGAAAAACCACCUUUCUCUUGAGUUUUGUUCAAAUACAUUUUCCCUUCCACACCACAAAAGGAAAACUGAAGUGAUUUAGGUAACAAUAAUCCAGAACAGCAAAUAAGAAACUUCUGAAUGAUCGCUGUGGAAUCUGCCCCAAAGGGAACUUAAAAUAUUAAAAGUUACAGCUUUUAAAAAUUUUCAAGUUUUCAAGUUUUAAAAACAUUGCAAGGUGACUGAUGUACAGCAAAGCUGACAGGAAGAGAGUGCAUGGAUUGGGUUUUUGUGUAGAGGUAGAUAAUGAUAGAAGUAAAGCUUGGUACAGAUUAAAUUUUUAAAUUUAAAACAUUAAUUUUUAAAAAUCAGGAGAGUAAAUCUGUUUGCCUAAGUCACUGACAGCAGCCCAUCAGAGCUUGUACUCUACAAGUAACACAUCUCUGAUCCCGUGGGAGAUUUGGAAACAAUACAGCUCUCAAGAAGGAUGGAUGGCUCAAAAAAGGAAAUUCUGUAUUCCCCAAUAUUGAGGAAAGAAAUGGUGAUAUAUCUAAAGAAAAUAAUAGAGAAGCACAAAAGAUGGAAGAAAUCAGUUGGCUUAAGUUGACGGUAGUUUGUGAAAAAGCUGUGGAAUUUGUGAAAAUUAAAAGCAACCAAGAGUAUAGCCACACUGCUGUACUAUCUAGAUCAAAAUGGGCAAGAGUCGUGCCAUGUCCUGACCAGCUCAGACCAUAUCUGCCAUACUGACUUACAUUUUGGAGAAAAGCCAGACAACAGGAACAAAUUUUUCACUGCACAUGCACAUGUUCAUAAAUGACCACAAAAGCUCCAUAAAUAUUGAUUUUGGAGUUAUAAAUACAUUUUAGCAAUUAGGUGAAUCCACAAAUAAUUAGGAGCCACUUUGUAGUAUUUCCCAAAACAGGACCAGGUCAGGAGUAUCCCCAUUUUGUAGAUUAGACAAUUGAUGAAGUGAUUUGAAAAUUGUUGGUUGAAACCAGGUUUGCAGUAAUGUUGCCAAGACUUCCCUUUGGGUACUUUUUAAAAGCAACUUUAUCGAGGUCUGAAUUUCACAUAGUAAGAGGCACAGUUUAGUAAAUUUUGACAAAUGUAAACACCCAUGUAACCACUGCCACAAGCAAGAUAGAGGAUGUUUCCAUCACCCCAAAAGGUUGCCUUGUACCACACCCCUCGCUACCCGCCAUCAUUGAUCUGUUUUUUGUCACUAUAACUUAGAUUUGCCUUUCCUUAGUGUUUGAGAAAAAUGGAAUCACACAGAAUACACUCUUGUAUCUGGCUUCUUUCACUCAGCAUAUGUUUGAAGUACAUCCAUGUUGCAUGUAUUAUCAGUUCAUUCAUUUUUAUUGUUGAGUGGAUAUGCCCCACAAUUGAUUUAUUCACAUGAUGAUGGACAUUUCGGUUGGAUUAUUUUCAGUUUGGGAUGUUAUGAAUAAAGCUGCUAUUAAUAUUCAGA